UUAAUUUUUUUUUCAAAAGAGUUAGCUCUAGAUCUAGAUCUAGAUAGAAUCUAUUAAGUCUAAAGACCAGUAGAUCUAGAGAUCUAGAUUCUAGACCUAGAUCUAGAAAGAAUCUGGCGAAUAACCUAGAAAGUUGUAAGAAAGACGGUGAUCUAUUUUAAAGAACAUAGAGAUCUAUGACAUAUAGAGUCAUAUCUAUAUCUAGAUUCUACAUUUUAUGAUAAAAGAGUCCCUGAUAAAAUAACAAUGACAACUUUAUUUAAAAUACAGAAGAGUCUUAUACAAACACCUAUUCGGUGCUUGCAACCUGUCAGAUUCUUUACCCCAGCAUCAAUAAAGGAUCAACUCUACAGACAGAUAAGAUUGGAAAUGAAAGGGCAUGACAGUGCCGUUCUUAAAAGUUAUCUACAGUUUACUACAACGGCAGCUCAAGAACUUGGUCUCCAGAUUGCAAGAAUCUAUGAACCUCCCCGAGUGUAUACCAGAAUGAGUUUACUGAAAUCUGUGUUUGUUCACAAGAAACAUUUCCAUCAGUAUGAGAUGAGGACACUGUACAAAGUGCUAGAGCUCCAGCAUUUGACUGGUUCUACUGCUAAGACUUUCCUAGAAUAUAUUGAAAGAAACGUCCCUGAAGGCAUAGCAAUCAAAGUUUCUAAGUAUGAACUGGAGUCUAUGCCAGCCCACAUCAAGCCACCCACGCAGGGCCAAUUACAGUCUGGGGGUGUUUAAUCAUUGGAAUUAAUUAAACAUGUUUUAUCUGUUGUU